ACCGCAGGAAGAUGGGGAGUGGAGUCAGUGCUGAGGACAAAGAACUGGCCAAGAGGUCCAAGGAGCUGGAGAAGAAGCUGCAGGAGGAUGCUGAGAAGGAAGCCAAGACCAUCAAGCUGCUGUUGCUGGGUGCAGGAGAGUCGGGGAAGAGCACCAUCGUCAAGCAGAUGAAGAUCAUUCAUCAGGACGGCUACACGCCAGAAGAGUGCCUGGAGUACAAAGCUGUCAUCUACGGGAACGUGCUGCAGUCCAUCCUGGCCAUCAUCCGGGCCAUGUCCACGCUGGGCAUUGACUAUGUGGAACCAAGCUGUGUCAAUGCGGGGCGACAGCUCGAGAGUCUGGCGGACUCCAUUGAGGAGGGCACCAUGCCUCCCGAGCUGGUGGAGGUCAUCAAGAGGUUGUGGAAAGACAGUGGGGUACAAGUCUGCUUCGACAGGGCUGCAGAAUACCAGCUCAAUGACUCGGCCGCUUACUACCUAAACCAAUUAGACCGGAUUACAGCCCCUGACUACCUCCCUAAUGAGCAAGAUGUGCUUCGAUCCAGAGUCAAAACCACAGGCAUCAUCGAGACCAAGUUUUCUGUCAAAGACCUGAACUUCAGGAUGUUUGAUGUGGGAGGGCAGAGAUCAGAAAGAAAGAAGUGGAUCCACUGCUUUGAGGGAGUCACCUGCAUAAUUUUCUGCGCAGCCCUCAGUGCUUAUGAUAUGGUGCUGGUGGAAGAUGACGAAGUGAAUCGCAUGCAUGAAUCACUGCACCUGUUCAACAGCAUAUGUAACCACAAGUUCUUUGCGGCUACAUCCAUUGUCCUCUUUCUCAACAAGAAGGACCUCUUUGGGGAAAAAGUCAAGAAAGUUCAUCUCAGCAUCUGUUUUCCAGAAUAUGAUGGUAACAACUCUUAUGAGGACGCAGGGAAUUACAUCAAGAGUCAGUUUCUUGACCUCAACAUGAGAAAAGAUGUCAAAGAAAUCUACAGUCACAUGACCUGUGCCACCGACACACAGAAUGUCAAAUUUGUGUUUGAUGCAGUGACAGAUAUCAUCAUCAAAGAAAACCUCAAGGACUGUGGGCUCUUCUAAUGGUCACCAUUUUUCAUUCUACAGAGACUUGGAUUUCGGUAAUUUCAAUGAGAAAAGUUAUGGGUCGUUAUGCCA